AUGCUCGCAAGAACAACAUUGCGUCGCGGCCUCAGGCUGGCAACCACCAGCUCCCACCCCACCACAUCACACCUCCUCAAGCGAACUUACGUGCAGCAACCCUCCUCCUCCACCUCCUCCGCGUCUUCGAUCCCUAUCGUCUUCGGCGGUGGUAGCGCAAGCAGCCUCUCCAAUACGGUGCUACGAAGCUUUGCGACCACCCCUCGGCGCCUAGCGACCGAGAUCAAACCCUACCUGCUUGCCGACGUGGGCGAAGGAAUCACCGAAUGCGAGAUCAUCAAGUGGUUCGUCCAGCCGGGCGCGGUGGUGCAGGAGUUCGACCCCAUCUGCGAGGUGCAAUCCGAUAAAGCGAGUGUCGAGAUCACCUCGCGCUAUGCCGGCAAGAUCAAGAGGUUGAUGCACCAGGAAGGCGAUGUUGCCAAAGUGGGGCACCCGUUGUGCGAGAUUGAGAUGGAGGCUGCGGAAGGCGAGGUCGUGGAGGACCAAGGCGAAGAAAAGAUCGAGACCGGAGGGGCGUCCAAGGAAUCAGAGUUCAAAGCUGUGAGUAUGGAAGGCUUUGUCUCGGCUGAACAGAAGCACUCCAAUGGCGGAGGAGCUCAAAAUGGACACGGCCUCAAAGAUGUACUGGCCACACCCGCGGUCCGAAGAGUGUCGAGGGAACAUAAGGUCGAUCUGGCCGAAGUUCGCGGUACAGGUCGCGACGGGCGCAUCACCAAGGAGGACGUUCUCAACCACGUCGAGAACGGUGCCUCCUCCUCGUCAUCUAAUGCUGCAUCUAGCACCACUCCUACCUCUGGUGCUGCUGCUGCUGCUGGACGGGGCACCACCGAUGUAGUCGACCUGACUCCGGUCCAACGAGCCAUGUUCAAAGCCAUGACCGCCACCUUGGCCACCCCGCACUUUGCCUACUCUGACGAAAUCGACGUGACAGAUCUCGACAAGGUCCGCGUCCUCCUCUCAAAGUCCAUCCCUGAACGCUACUCCCAGGCAGGCGACGACGCGUCGUUCACCAAACUUACCCUCCUCCCGCUGCUGAUCAAAGCGAUGAGUCUAGCGCUCCACGAUCACCCUAUGUUCCGUUCGACACUCCAGAGCGAACAGCAAAAGCUAGUCCGUCGCUCGUCGCACGACAUAUCGAUCGCACUCACAACCAAGGUGGGACUUCUAACGCCGUGCAUCACCGACGUGCAGUCCAAAUCGAUCUACGAUUUGUCGGCGGCCCUCACGCGUCUCCAGACUGUCGCUGGCUCGGCGAAAGGCCUGUCGCACGCCGAUCUGAAAGCGACGGGAACCAUCACGCUGAGCAACGUGGGUGCUGUGGGUGGGGGCACGUACACUCAUCCUCUGCUCCCCCCGACAGGACAGUUGGCGAUCGGUGCGUUGGGCAGGAGCAGGAUCUUGCCGCGCUUCGCCUCUGAGGUUCCUUCACUGGGCGUCUCGGAUCCAGACAAGAUCGUGAGGAGAUUGAUCAUGUCGGUCUCCUUCACAGGCGAUCAUCGGGUGGUUGAGGGCGCCGAUCUAGCUAGACUCGUCAACAGGUGGAAACAGCUCGUCGAAAAUCCUUCCUUGUGGUUGGGAUUGUUGGCCUGA